GAAAUGAAAAGUCGGGGUGACUCGCGUCAGCCGGGUGCUUCGCUCAGCUCCGUCUCUGUUCCCACAGAAGUCACCGGCGGCCCCACGGCACGGGGGACGGUGACGGCGUUAUGUCCCUCUCGCCGAGGACCCGCUUCAUCCAUCCAGCCGCCGGUUCCCCCCGCUCUGCCGCGGCUGGGGGGAGCCCCGAAAUCUAACGUUCGGCCCCGGAGCGAGAUGGAGAGGUGCGAAGGGCUCCGCCGGGAGGGCGGCGGUGAGGGAGCGCGGAGGAGAGGGAGACAAGAUGGCUUCCUCCUGAGGGCCGGAUCCGUGCCGGGGCCCGGCGGGGGCUGCGAGGGGGCAGCGGCGGGGGGAGCGGCGAGACAGGUUCGGCGGGCGACCCGGUUGAUGGACCCAGCAGAAGCCAAAUGGAAGAAGGGCCAAUUAAUUAUGUCGAAGAAAGGCGGCUGAACGAGGGCAGCGGGCUCAGCCUGGCGAAUGGGGGCCGGCCGGAGGCGGGGGGCACCGCGCUGAUGGAGCCGAGCGGCUGGUCACCGGGCCAGCCGCCUGCCGCCGGUAAAGCCCACCUGGAAGACGUCAGGAACCUGGUGGCCUUUUCAGCGGUGGCCGAAGCCGUUUCCUCGUACAGGCUACCACCCCCGGGUUCGCCGUCGCUGCUGUACGAGAAGUUCGACUCGGAGAUGAGCCGGGGUGGGCUGAGCGCGGCGGACGGCAUGCCGAGGGGGGAGGACCUGCACGCCCUCAAAGCUGCCCUGGCUUUGGCCAAGCACGGCGUGAAGCCCCCCAACUGCAACUGCGACGGCCCCGAGUGCCCCGACUACCUGGAAUGGCUGGAGCAGAAGAUCAAGACGGCUCUCGGCGAAGAGCCGGCAUCACCGCGGCCCCGCGCCGCCGCUAACCCCCCGCCACCCCCCCAGGAAGGUGCUAUCGACCCCCAGCCGGUGCCUGAGACCGCCGAGCCGUGCCCGCCCGACGGCCUCCCCUUUUCCCAAAGCGCGUUGACCAUCGCCAAGGAGAAGAACAUCAGCCUGCAGACCGCCAUAGCCAUCGAAGCCCUGACGCAGCUCUCGGCUGCUCUCCCCCAGCCCGCCGGGGAUGGCCAGCCCCCCCCGCCGCCGCCUCCGCCCCCCCCCGCCGCCCCCUUCGGCCCCAGCCCCCUCGCCCCGCCGGGGGCCACAUGGCAGCGAGGGGACGAGCCCCGUUAUCCGCCGGAGCCGGCAGCAGCGCCGGAGCCGUUUUUUGGUGCAGCACCACCCCGGGGGGGCUUUGCAGCGGCGUGGGGGCUGGAGGCCGAGGGGGCGGCGGGGGCCGGAGACCCCAUGGCGGAGCUGGAGCAACUGCUGGGUAACGCUGACGACUACAUCAAGGCGGCUUUCAAGAGACCCGAAGCGACGGCCGGCAAAGCGACGGUGCCGAAAACGGAGCCCCCUGAACGGGCACCUGGCAAGGAAACGCUGGGCGGCCCCCGCUUGCCGCCAGCACCGCCGGAGCCCGACCUGCACAAGAAGACGCAGCUGGUCCUGCAGCAGCAUCUCCACCACAAGCGCAGCCUCUUCCUUGAGCAAAGCCUGGCGGCGGCGGCGGCGGCGGCGGCACCCCCGGAUCGGCCGAGCGGCUGGUGGGCUCCCGGCGCCCCGGCUGUGCCCCCCAAGCCCUUCGAAAAGCAGGCCAAAGAGAAGAAGAAGAAAACGCCGCCUGAAAAGCCCCCCCCGGCCAAACCGCUCCGUAAGCAAGUGCAGAUCAAGAAGGCGAAGCAGAAGGACUCGCAGCCGCUCUUCCUGCCCCUCUGGCAGAUCAGCCUGGAGGGGUUUCGGGCGCCCGCCGAACCCCCCGCCGAAGAGAUGCAAACCGAACCGCCGCCGCCGCCGCCGCCUGCCUUCCCGCUCCAGCCUCUUGCACUACCCCUGCCCGCCGCUUACCCCCCGCCGCCGAACCCCCUCGACGGCGGCCCCCCGGCUCCCGACUCUCAGGAAAGGGGUGCCCCCGGGGGGGGCCCCCAAAUUCACCCGGCGCCGGCGGGCUUGACCGGCUCAGAGGAAGCACCGGCUGCUCCCCCACCGGCCGCCCCGACCCCCAUCGUGGUGGAUGACAAGCUGGAAGAGCUCAUCCGGCAAUUCGAAGCCGAAUUUGGGGAGAAUUUCAACCUGCAGCCCCCCGAAACACCCGCCCUGCUCGCCCCCGGGGCUGCCGAGCUGCCGGGGGGGCCAUCACCAGCCCUGCAAGUACCCCCCGCCACCGCCGCCGCCGCCCCGGCUUCGAGCAGCGCUCCCCAAGCCGGACCCAAAAGCUUUUCGUUCUCGCCGGGGAAGGGUCCGCUUUCGGAGCCCACCUUCACCGCCCGGUCCCCCAAACAGAUCAAAAUCGAGUCUUCUGGUGCUAUCACCGUGGUGUCGACCACGUGCUUUUACUCCGAGGAAAGCCAAAACCCGGACGCGGAUGACGCUGACGGGACACCCACCAAGGACGAGGUGCCGCUGACGCCGACCCUGAGCGGCUUUUUGGAGUCGCCGCUGAAAUACCUGGACACCCCGACCAAAAGCCUCCUGGACACCCCGGCCAAGCGGGCGCAAGCGGAGUUCCCCACCUGCGACUGCGUCGAGCAAAUCGUGGAGAAGGAUGAGGGGCCGUAUUACACCCACCUGGGCUCGGGGCCCACUGUGGCAUCCAUCAGGGAGCUCAUGGAGGAGCGGUACGGCGAGAAGGGCAAGGCCAUCCGCAUCGAGAAGGUCAUCUACACGGGGAAGGAGGGGAAGAGCUCCCGGGGCUGCCCCAUCGCCAAGUGGGUGAUCCGAAGACACAACCAAGAGGAGAAACUGCUGUGCCUGGUGCGGCACCGGGCUGGCCACCACUGCCAGAACGCCGUCAUCAUCAUCCUGAUCCUGGCCUGGGAGGGCAUCCCCCGCACGCUGGGCGAUACGCUGUACCAGGAGCUCACCGACACCCUCACCAAGUACGGCAACCCCACCAGCCGCCGCUGCGGCUUGAACGAUGACCGGACCUGCGCGUGCCAAGGCAAGGACCCCAACACCUGCGGCGCUUCCUUCUCCUUCGGCUGCUCUUGGAGCAUGUAUUUUAAUGGCUGCAAAUACGCCCGGAGCAAAACUCCCCGCAAGUUCAGGCUGGUGGGGGACAAUCCCAAAGAGGAAGAGCUGCUCCGGAAAAGCUUUCAGGACUUGGCCACCGAGGUUGCUCCGCUUUACAAGAGGCUGGCGCCGCAAGCCUACCAAAACCAGGUUACCAACGAGGACGUCGCGAUAGACUGCCGGCUGGGCUUGAAGGAGGGGAGGCCGUUCUCGGGAGUGACGGCGUGCAUGGACUUCUGCGCUCACGCUCACAAAGAUCAGCAUAACCUCUACAACGGCUGCACGGUGGUCUGCACGCUGACAAAGGAAGACAAUCGCGUGGUGGGGAAAAUCCCCGAAGAUGAGCAACUGCACGUCCUCCCCCUCUACAAGAUGUCCAGCACGGAUGAGUUUGGCAGCGAGGAGAACCAAAACGCCAAGGUGGGCAGCGGGGCCAUCCAGGUGCUCACGUCCUUCCCCCGCGAGGUCCGCAAGCUGCCCGAGCCUGCCAAGUCCUGCCGGCAGAGGCAGCUAGAAGCGAAGAAAGCCGCUGCGGAGAAGAAGAAACUGCAGAAAGAGAAGCUGAUGACGCCAGAGAAGAUCAAGCAGGAAGCGCUUGAGCUCCCCGCGCUCCAGCAGAACGCAGGUAUGGCGUUGAAAAGCGGGCUGCCCCCGCAGCCGCUGAAACCUUCCAUCAAGGUGGAGCCGCAGAGCCAUUACAACGCCUUCAAGUACAACGGCAACGCGGUGGUGGAGAGCUACUCGGUGCUGGGGAGCUGCCGGCCCUCCGACCCGUACAGCAUGAACAGUGUUUACUCUUACCAUUCCUACUAUGCACAGCCCAAUCUGCCUUCCGUGAACGGGUUUCACUCCAAGUUCGCGCUUCCCUCCUUCGGGUAUUACGGCUUUUCCAGCAACCACAUGUUCCCCUCGCAGUUUCUGAAUUACGGGGUGCCCGAGAGGAGCGGGAGCAGCUGGGUGAGCAACGGCUACGAGAAGAAGCCCGACGUCCCGGCGUUGCAGGAGAACCUCAACCACACCUACGGGAACACCGAUUUCCCCGAGCCCAUCCCGCACAGCGUCCGGAGCAAAAACCAUCACCAGCGCACCUACGAGCGGGCUAACCGCUACGCCAGCCAGCAGAAAGCGGCGGCCGGGGCGCACAGGACUAGCUCGGGCUCGGAGGAAGCGCCGUCGUUUGCACAGAACUGUUUCGGCAGCCGGCCCAUCAAACAGGAGCCUCCGGACCCUCCGCCCGCCGUCGAGCCCCUUCCCGGCGCGGUGGCCAUGCCCGGCACCGGCUUAUCCCUGCCAGCCGUCCCGGCGCGCGGCGGGGUGCCGGAGCAGCGGUGGAGCCCUUUCAAAGCGUCCCGGGGCACGUCUUCCCCCGAGAGGACUAGCACGACGGAGGGCUCCUGGAGCGCCCUGGCGCUGGGUUCGGGCGGGCGGGAGAAGCCGAGCGCCUUCGACGCUGCCGCGCGCUUGCCGCCGCCGGAGAAGCAGUGGCCCAACGUCCUGGCGGGAGAGGCGGCGGCGCGUGGCUCGGGCUUGCUGCCGAAACCGUGGAGCCCCUGCAAGCUGGGGGAGGCGGCGCUGGCCGGCACGGGCACCCCGAGCUUGCUGGGGCCGCUGGGUUUUAGCUCGGCCCUGCCGGGGCUGCCCAGCUUCCCCGAGGAGCCGUGGGGCUUGGUGAAGGCGGAGGAGCGGAGGACGCCGGCGCCCAGCCCCGUGCUGCCCGGGAAGCCGUGGGAGGCGGCGGUGGGUGAAAAGGGGGUGGCAGGGCCCCGCCGGGAGAAGCCGUGGGACCCCUUCGGCCUGGAGGAGGAUCUGCCGGAGAAGGCGGUGAAGGAGGAGGAGGAGGAGGACGAGGAGGAGGACGAGGAAGAGGAGGAGGAGUGGUCGGACAGCGAGCACAACUUCCUGGAUGAGAACAUCGGCGGGGUGGCCGUGGCGCCCGCCCACGGCUCCAUCCUCAUCGAGUGCGCUCGUCGCGAGCUCCACGCCACCACCCCGCUGAAGAAACCCAACCGCUGCCACCCCACCCGCAUCUCCCUGGUCUUCUACCAACACAAGAACUUGAACCAGCCCAACCACGGCCUGGCGCUGUGGGAGGCCAAGAUGAAGCAGUUGGCGGAGCGGGCUCGAGCCCGGCAAGAGGAGGCGGCGCGCCUGGGUCUUCCACCUGACGCCAAAGCCUUCGCCAAGAAACGCAAGUGGGGCGGCGCGUUGGCCACCGAGGCGCCCAGCAAGGAGAGGAGGGACUCGGUCCCCACGCGGCAGGCGGUGGCCAUCCCCACCAACUCCGCCAUCACUGUGUCCUCCUACGCCUACACCAAGGUGACGGGCCCCUACAGCCGCUGGAUCUGAGACGGAGGCAACCGCCGCAGCCCCAUCUUACCUCAACCCUCGGCAGCGCCGGAGCCCCGGCGUUGCUUCGUGGUGCUUUCUCCUCGGGCGUGGGGGAGAAGAAAAAAAAAACAAAACAAAAAAAAAAAAACAAAAAAAACCCCAAUAAAAUAGACAAAAACGAAGCGAAACACAACAACAACAACAACAACAGAAAAAAAAGCAACCCACAGAAAGUGAACCCAACACGCACGCUUGGAAACAGCGGAGCCGGUGCGGGUGCACGCUGUCGGAGAGCUGCGCUUGGCGAGGAGUUGGCAAACAAAGCAAAACUCGGUAAAAAAAAAAAAAGAGGAAUGAUGCUGUUUGACGCUUUUCGGUAAUCUCAUAUUUAUAUCUCCGCGUUUUUUUAAUCUAGCCUCAUGCGCCACGCGAAUGGAGGGAGAAGUUUAUAGCGUCCUUUCGCAAAGGAGAGGUUUUUAAUUCCACUUAAAAAUGCCUAUUUAUUGGAUUUUAUUUUAUUUUAUUUUUUACUCCGCCGACAACGACGAAGCUGAUCUUCAAAAAAGAAGCCAACAUCGAAAAAAAAAAAACAAACCCGAAACAGAAAUAAAAAACAACCUGAACACCAAACCAACUUAAAGGCAAGAGGGGACUCCCUCCAGCUCCAGCGCGUGGGGCCUGGCGGGAUCGUGUGCUUUACUGUCAGCUGGACACACUGAACAUCCGAUAAUUUUUUUUCCCAAGGACCUAAAAAAUAUCUAUUUUGCAACUCGAGGAGUCCUUUCUCACAGCGACAGGAGACCCGCUCGUGAGCGGGACAUCCUGGGACGGCGCGUUUUCGCUCGGCUCCUCGCCGCCGGCGGGAUCGGCUCCGCCGGGACGGAGCGAGCCGGCGUCUUUCCCGGCGCCGGAGACCUCAGGACACGUCCGGGCUGGGGGGCGCCGCUGCCGGGGUACCACGCUCGGGCUCAGACUUGGGGGUUCCUUUGCCGACGGCCCCAGGGAGAGCGGCGGCGGCGGCGGCGUCUCUAAAGGAGCCGACAGGACAAAAACAGAAAGAAAAAAAGAAAAAACAAAAAAAAAAAAACCACAGGAAAAAUAACACAAACCAACCCCAAACUGUGAAUAGCUAGUGUUGCUCUCUGUACAUCACUGUUGCUAAAGUCUGGUGCUUUCCGUCUCCGGGGGACUUUCUCUGUGCGAUCGGCUCUGGGAAGAGCGAAUCCCCAAGACUUGGCUGGCCAAACCCCCCGCCGGUCCGCCUUCCCCGCCGGUGCCGGCGAACCGGCGCAGCGGCAAGCGCCGCCGGGGCUCGGUGCUUUAUCUCUCCCCAGGUGCCAUCCCUCCUUCCUACGGAUCGCCGUUCUUCCCGCAAACAAACAAACAAACGAAAUUACCCAGCGACGACAAAAACCGCGUGGUGCUUUUCGAACAAUCUCAGUCGAGACUUUCCGCCCGAUGCCGAAGCCGCGCCGGGGUGGACGGGCGGGCGAGCUCCCCCGCGGCUCACCGGGAGGGCGGCGUGGCCGAAUCCGGGUGCCGGCGUCCCCGGGGUCGUUGCUUUUGCACUUUCAGGUGCCUUUUGGAGAGCCAGCGAGCCAGAGCCGACGCCGUCACCGUGCAGAAAUCACCUUGUGUUUACUGUCACCCUCCUUCCUUGCGCACUGGCACAGAUCAGCAGGAUCUCGGUAAAACAGCCUGAACAUUUACGUGGUCUGAUUUUAAACCUGUAAAUAGGGAAAGAAUUUUUUUAAAAGCACUUUCACCUAGAUUUAAAAAUGAAAGCAAAACUUAAAAAACAAAUCCCCUCUUUCCUCCCCACCCCCCCCCCCAACAACUUGAAAGCAGUAUGUUUUAAACAAGAUUAUUGUGGGAGAACUGUAAAUACUGGCAGAAUAUUUAACAUGCUUUGUCCGUCCUUCAUAAUUAAUUUUUUUUUUAACCGUAAUCUGUAAAGUCGCGUAUAUUUGACAAGGAAACUCAACGAGCUAUUACCGCUUUUCUUAUAAAUACCCAAUAGCAUAUCAGGAUUGUAAGAGUCGAUGGCAAGUCAGAUUUUAGGGAUGCCCGUGGGCGAUGGCGGUUCCAGCGCGGGGACCCGACGCGUCGAUGCGGUUCGGAGGGCGGAAAGGGGACCCGGCUGCUCCCCGCCCGCGGCGUUCGGCGGGGCCGGAUUCGGGUGCCGGCCCCGGUUCGCGUCGCCCGGGGUCUCGUCUGACUGUCGUGGCGGGGGUGCCUUGCGAGCUUCGCCUGGAUGGGUUUAGAGUCGGGAAGAAAAGGGGUGCGUUCGGAGAAGGCGAGGGUCCGUGUAACCUGUCUAAGUCCUGCUUCCUCGGAGGUUCUUUUUGGUGCAGGGAGGGGGUUCGGUCCGGCGCGGCGUUGGCUCCGGCGGGUUCAACCCGGGUAAGCGGGGAGAUGCCGGCGCUGCGGGUCGGGGAGCGAGAACUGCUGCAGUCUCACGUUUUUACACUACAUAACGUCUAACCUACCUCAAAUCUCAGUCAUUAAAAAUUAGCACGCUUCAGACUUCUACGAAAACUCGAAAUCUAUGCACAGCUCUUUACCCCUUGCUGCUGAGAGGCUGUUUUUCAAGCAAAAUCUUUUCCUUUACCCGUCCUGGCGGCCGUGCUCGUCCCACCCGUGCCGAAGCCAGGGGAGUCGCGGCGUUGAGGGGGACUUGCUGGGGAGGGGAUGUUUUUAAUUGCUUCGGGGUGGGUUGGGGACCUAAUUUUGCAGCAGGUCGUGGCCACAAUGGUGCUAGAACAAUGCCCGCGGUAGAAACCCUGGGGAGAGCUUGGCGCGGGGAGCCCGACGGGCCCCUGCCACCCUGCUUCGUUUUUUUCCAGCCGCGAUGCUUCGCCUCGGGUGGGAAGCGGGGGACACGUUUCGGGGUUCCCCCCCCCCCCCAUCUCGAUGCUCUCGGGACGAGGCACGGGAAGGAGAAGGAAACCAGAAUCCCUGAGGUGCCUCAAUUGCUGAUUUUUCCUUUUAAUACUGGAGUAUGCUUAGUGGGCUCUAUAAGGCAUAUUUUUAUUAAAUGAAAUCUUCUAAUAAAAACGGUGCUAUGGUGUUUUAACAAACUGUAUCACGCUUCUGCCUGAUUCCAUCUCGCUGAGGUGCUACUAAUGUAUAUACGAAACUAGGGAACCAAGAAAAAAAAAAAAAAAAAUAAAAAGCAAUGUCGUUGAGAAGGAAGUUUACUUUUCCGGAGCGACAGCUCGAAGCGUGCCGGGAGCCGGUUGGGUUUAUGCAAACUGAAAUCGGUGUCGCGUCAGAGGCAUCCGCCGACCGGGCUCGUGGUGGAGCCGUUCCCCACCGGUGCGGGGCCGGGGUGCCGGCGGGAGAGCCGGGUGCGGAUGUGGUGCUUGGACGAGGUGCUCGGUUGCGGUGCUCGGUCACGGUGCUCGGCCACGUGUCGUGGACGUGGUGCUCGGAUGUGGUGCAUGGGCACGGUGCUCAGCCAGGGGCUGUGAACGUGGUGCUCAGCUGCGGCGCUCGGAUGUGGUGCGUGGACAUGGUGCUCGGCCACGGUGCUCGGCCAUGGUGCGUGGACAUGGUGCUCGGCCACGGUGCUCGGCCAUGGUGCGUGGACAUGGUGCUUGGCCACGGUGCUCGGCCAUGGUGCGUGGACAUGGUGCUCGGGCACGGUGCUCAGCCACACAUCAUGGACCCGGUGCUCAGGCAAGUUGCUCGGCCACGCGUCUUGGACGUGGUGCUCGGAUGUGGUGCGUGGGCACGGUGCCCGGCCACGGUGCUUGGACAUGGUGCGUGGACAUGGUGCUCGGGCACGGGGCUCAGCCACGCAUCAUGGACAUGGUGCUCGGGCAGCGUGCUCAGCCACACAUCACACACGUGGUGCUCGGAUGUGGCGCGUGGACACGGUGCUCAGCCAGAGUGUGUGAACACGGUGCUCAGCCGCGGUGCUCAGCCAUGGUGCGUGGACACGGUGCUCGGGCAAGGGGCUCGGCCACACCUCAUGGAUGUGGUGCUCAGACGUGGUGUGCGAGCACGGUGCUCGGCCCAGGGUGCGUGAACAUGGUGCUUAGGCACGGUGCUCUGCUGCGGUGCUUGGAUGUGGUGCGUGGACGUGGUGCUCGGGCACGGUGCUCAGCCACACAUCAUGGACACGGUGCUGGGACGUGGGGUGUGAACAUGGUGAUUGGCCACAGUGCUCGAACGUGGUGCUUGAACGUGGUGCGUGGACAUGGUGCUCGGGCAUGGUGCUCAACCGUGGCGCUUGUACAGGGUGCUUGGACACGCUGGGUGGAUGUGGUGCUCAGCCAGGGUGUGUGAACGUGGUGCUCAGCUGCGGUGCUCAGACAUGGUGCUUGCGCGGUGCUCGGACAUGGCCCUCGGCAGCGGUUCUCCGACAUGGUGCGUGGACACUGUGCUCAGCCGUGGUGCUCGGACACGGUGUGUGGACUUGGUGCUCAGCCAGGGCGUGUGAACGUGGUGCUUGGACGUGGUGCUCAGCCACAGUGCUCAGCACAGGGCUUGGACAUGGCGCGUGGGCAGGGUGCUCAGCCCAGCGUGUGGGGGUGUUGUGCAGGCACGGUGCAAGGGUGCUGCGUGUGGAUACGGCGCUCAGGCACCGUGCACGGCCGUGGUGCUUAGACGUGGCGUUUGGGCACGGUGCUCGAGGACGGUGCUCAGACACGGUGCUUGAACAAAGUGCAGGGGCACGGAGAGGGUGCUCGGGCACGGUGCAAGGGAAUGGUGCAUGGACGUGGCGCUUGGACACGGUGCUGGGGCAUGCUCCGCGGAUGCGGUGCUCAGCCACGGUGCUCGCCCGCCAUGCAUAGCCAUGGUGCUCGGCCACGGUGCUUGCCCGUGAUGUGUGGCCACAGUGCUUGGGCACGGUGCUUGCCCACCAUGCACAGCCAUGGUGCUUGGCCACGGUGCUCACCCACUAUGCUUGGGCACGGUUCUUGGGCACGAUGCUCGCCCAACAUGUGUGGCCACGGUGCUCGCCCACCAUGCAUGGCCACAGUGCUUGGCCACGGUGCUCAAGCACGGUGCUCGCCCACCAUCUGCGGCCACGGUGCUUGGGCAUGAUGCUCGGGCGCGGUGCUCACCCACCACGUGUGGCCAUGGCACUCGGGCACAGCACUUGGGCACAGUGUUUGCCCACCAUGUGCGGCCACGGCGCUCAGGCACGGUGCUUGCCCAUGAUCUGUGGCCAUGGUGCUCAGGCACGGUGCUCGCCCACCGUGCUUGGCCACGGUGUUUGGCCACGGUGCUUGAGCACGGUGCUUGCCCACCAUGCACAGCCAUGGUGCUUGGCCAUGAUGCUCAGGCACGGUGCUCGCCCAUGAUGUGUGGCCAUGGUGCUUGGCCACGGUGCUUGCCCGUGAUGUGUGGCCACAGUGCUUGGCCACGGUGCUCGAGUACGUUGCUCACCCAUGAUGUGUGGCCACGGCGCUCAGGCACGGUGCUUGCCCACCAUGUGUGGCCACAGUGCUUGGCCACGGUGCUCGAGCACGGUGCUCACCCUUGAUGUGUGGCCACGGUGCUCAGGCACAGUGCUCACCCACUGUGUGUGGCCACGGCGCUCAGGCACGGUGCUCGCCCAUGAUGUGCGGCCACGGUGCUCAGGCACAGUGCUCACCCAUGAUGUGUGGCCACGGUGCUCAGGCACAGUGCUCACCCACCGUGUGUGGCCACGGCGCUCAGGCACGGUGCUUGCCCACCAUGUGUGGCCACAGUGCUUGGCCACGGUGCUUGAGCACGGUGCUCACCCAUGAUGUGUGGCCAUGGUGCUUGGCCACGGUGCUCAGCCACAGUGCUCACCCACCGUGUGUGGCCACGGCGCUCAGGCACGGUGCUUGCCCACCAUGUGUGGCCACAGUGCUUGGCCACGGUGCUCGAGCACGGUGCUCACCCAUGAUGUGUGGCCAUGGUGCUCAGGCACGGUGCUUGCCCACGGUGCUUGAGCACGGUGCUCACCCACCAUGCGCAACCAUAGUGGCCACGGUGCUCGAGCAC